AUGGACGCUCCCAACUUCCGCCCCGGCUUUCUUGACAGACUUCUUGUUGGCUUGUUCCACUUCGUGAACUUUUUCAUCCCGUGGCACAAACUUCCUAGUAUCAUCGGUGCACUCAAUUUGGAUGCUCUGCGUGUUGAGCUGCGCCAGUUCAACCUCCACGAUGGGUACACGUCUGCAACAGCCCAAGGCAACACCGAAGAUACACCUUUAGAUGACAAGCGUUUCCUUUCGGCAAGAAACUCGGAAGGCAAGGACAACUCACUUACCAUGCCCAAGAUGGGCUGUUCUGGGAUGAGAUUUGGUCGCAACUUCCCUAGGAAAUACUGCGAGAAGCCAACCGAAGAAGAGCUGUGGACACCAAAUCCAAUACUGGUCAGCGAAGCUUUCAUGUCUAGAAAGCCAGGAGAGUUCAAGCCAGCUACUACACUGAAUCUUCUCGCCGCUGCUUGGAUCCAGUUCCAGGUCCACGAUUGGGUUUUCCAUGAAAGUAGCGAGGAGACCUUCGACGUGCCUUUACUUCCAAACGACACUUGGCAUGAUCAUCAGAUGAAGCUGUACCGUACCAAACCAGAUGAAGUGCUCGAUGCGUCCGACAUCAAAUGUCCUGGUUACAAGAAUACCUCAACAGCUUGGUGGGAUGGCUCUCAGAUAUACGGUUCGAGUGAAGCUGUGACCAGGGAAUUGAGAGAUCAACAUCAAGACGGCAAGUUGCUCCUCGAGACAAGAGGCUACGAAGAGACUUUCUUGCCUCGUGAUGCCGAAGGCAACCCAAAGACAGGCUUCUCAGACAACUGGUGGACCGGAAUGGAGUUGUUGCACACACUCUUCGCUUUGGAACACAAUGCCAUCUGCGUCAAGAUCCGUGAAGCACAUCCUGAUUGGACCGGGGACAAGAUCUUCGACAAAGCUCGUCUUGUCAACUGCGCCCUCAUGGCGAAAAUCCACACGGUGGAAUGGACGCCUGCUAUUUUGGGUCAUCCCACGCUGGAGAUCAGCAUGAAUGCGAAUUGGUGGGGUAUCGCAGGAGAAACCCUCAACAAGAUUGUGGGCAGGAUCUCCAAGACUAGCGAGGCCAUCAGCGGUAUCCCAGGGUCAACCGUGGACCAUCAAGGCGUCUCGUACUCUCUCACAGAAGAGUUCGUUUCAGUGUACAGGAUGCACUCGCUUAUACCGGACAAUGUCGCAUUCUUCGAUGUCGCAAGUGGCAAGCAUAAAGCCACAGUCCCAGUAGCUGAGAUCACCUUCAAGGAUGCCGUGAAACCUCUCAAGUCUGGAAAGGUAUCUUUCGCCGACGCGUUCUAUUCCUUCUGCAUCAACUAUCCGGGAGCGAUCACCAACAACAACUAUGCCAAUCUGAUGAGGAAUCUUCCUACUCCAGAUGGUCAAGUCCGUGAUCUCGCUACGGUCGAUAUUUUGCGCGACCGCGAAAGAGGUGUCCCCCGCUACUGCCAAUUCAGAAGACUGCUUCGGCUGUCUGUCCCGAAGACUUUCGACGAGCUGACUGGUGGUGACAAGGAGCUCGCAGCAAGACUCAGCGAAGUCUACAGUGGUGACAUCGAGACAGUAGACGCGUUAGUUGGCUCACAUAGCGAGCCCGUCAUCAAAGGCUUCGGGUUUAGUGAGACCGCCUUUCGCAUCUUCAUCUUGAUGGCCAGUCGGAGACUCAAGAGCGAUCGUUUUAUUGCCGGACAAUGGAAUGCUGACAUGUACACCGAGGUUGGCUUCCAUUGGGUCCAGAACACGGGCAUGAAGGAUGUACUGGCAAGGCACUUCCCGGAGUUGGCGGCGGCCAUACCGAAGAAGACAAAUGUGUUUGCACCCUGGGUGAAGUUGCCUGGGUCGAGGGCUUACACAGGCGUCGAGACCAAUGCUCCUGAAACAUGAUCAGGGAUCAAAGAACAUCGGGGACCAGGUUUUUGCAUGGUUGGGAACUCCGACAAUCAUUCGUCUAUAGUAGUUCUUGAAAUCACAUCACUUGUUCGAGCCUUAAUAGUGGACCCUUCCUGGCGAUGCGCGUAAAGGAUGCGAAGAACUGUGAUGUCGCGUGAAAGCGUCAUGUGGCAAAGAACGUAGGCGCUCUUGUCUUUUGUAAGAGGCCGAAUUCAUAAGCAUUAGGCAGUCGAGAAAAACGAAU